AUGUUCAAAUCAUGCAACUACUGCAGACACCGGAAGAAGAAGUGUGCCUUGGACGGCCCGUGGGCUAGCCGCUGCACCGAAUGCGAGCAUCUAGACCUGAUCUGCGAGUUCAGUCGGCGUCAGCCGAGUCAGAAGCGUCGUCAAACGUCCCAGCGCAUUGCAUCAAGAGUCUCAGCUGCGGCAGCAGUAUCAUCACCGAAGAAUCGUUCAUGGGCCAGCACGGGAAGCGUCGUAUCGGUCGUCAAGGAUGGCGAUAGCCAGUUGAACUCUGCGGAUACCAAAUACCCUCAAGGCCAAAAGAUUAUUUUGAAAGAUGAAACGCCACUCGUGCUCGAGUCGACAACGACAAAGUACAGAGAGCACAUUCAACCCCUUACACCUUUUUUACCCUCUGAGAUGAUUCACGAGCUGGAUGAGAAUUGGGAUCUGACGCUACAACAAUGUGUCGAGCUAGCUGCUAGGAUCUGGUUGCAUAGCACGCCCCAUGCAGACAUAUCGCAACAGGCCAGCCAUACUCUAAAAACCAUAACGCAAAGCGAGAUGACGCUGCCAUGUCUAGCUGGCGUACUUCUGAUGAUCCUCCGAUUUCCUGUGGAGAAUGACUGUAUACAGAGGAUUUUCGGCACUAUCCAUGCCUCUUUGCUUAUGGGGCAAGACCUACCAGCUCCUAUUCUCGCGGGUGCAGUUGUAGCCAACACUUGGCUGCGACUAGUUGGCUCAUCGCUGGAGCCUCUCGACAUUUCUGAAAAUUACCUCAUGAACUUCGCCGAAUCAGUCGAUCACUCUACAUUUGCGCAUCAUUAUCUGCGUAUUUCGGACCUGGGUCUGCGUCUCGACCAGCUACGGAUUCUGGAAGAGCGCGAUGGAUUUGGACCAGAUGCAAAGCUAUCGUGGUGUCGCCUUGAGUACGAGUGUUUAUUCUGGGCCGUUCAGCUUCCCACGUCGUUACUUGAUCUUCGUGAUGAGAUGCCAGCUCGGCCCGAGGCGAUCACAAUUCACUCACUCCAUAAUUUGGUUGUCCUAACAUUUUAUGCGACUGUUCUGAGUCGCCAAGACACUCUUGGCACCUUGUUGGCCUUACGUCCUGUUCCAGGUGUACUACAUUAUGUUUGCUCCUUGAUCCGAUCAGUAUUCAUCUGUCCGCGAGAAAUUCUCAUUCACUGGUCUCUCCUGUCGGACAUACAGGCUGCAACGGCUCGUAUAGUAUUACAACUAUGGCGUCAAACGCAGUUUGAGAAUUUCCAAGGCCUUUUAAACCUUUGGGAUGACGCACUUGGCCGCUAUCCAGAAUUGGCCCAGGAAGUGCGUGACGAGAUUGGCCCUGGGCCAUGGAAUAUCGAUCAGACGGACGGCUAUUCUGUCUUUUGGACAUUUCGCGAUCUUCGUAGUUUGCAUCUGCAAGAUGCUUUCCCUCAGCUGGCUGAAGCUACUAUGCCCUAG